AUGCAAUGUCUACUAUCGACAUCGGUAUAUAACCACUCGGAACGUCUGUCUGCAAGGGAUAAUUCAUCCAGCAAAAUCUUCAUCUUCCCCUCACGAUGCGAGUCAACGAGCAAACUGCGAUCGUCGGCCCCCGAGUGGUGUUGGUACCCUACCGAUCCAACAAUCUGCCCCAACAUUAGGAAGGAACAUGUGCCUCAGUAUCACGAAUGGAUGAGCGAUCAGGAGCUCAGGGAAAGUACUGCCAGCGAACCCUUGAGCCUUCUCGAGGAAUACGAAAUGUGCGAGCGAUGGGCACUCGAUCAAGAUAAAUUAACGUUUAUCAUCUUCUCAAGGAAUUCCUCUCUUUCAAUUGGCUCGGAUCCACCUGAAAAACACACCACGUAUUCCGAUUAUCUUGGCCAAAUGAUAGGGGAUGUCAAUCUGUUUAUUUCGGCAGACGAGUCGUUAGAAGAUUCGACAAGCACGCCCAAAGAGACCGAUGGUCAAGCAGCGCCGAACAAGGGCGAGUUGGAAAUCAUGAUCGCUUCCAAAGACCAUCGUAAACUGGGCCUGGCUACCGAAGCACUCCAACUCUUCCUUGCAUACAUCCUCCUCAUCUCCCGUCCACUAUCUCCCUCUCAAAACCCUUCUCAGAGCUCCUUCCCGCAUAUCAGCUUCUUCUUCGUUAAAAUCUCGUUCAGCAAUACUAUCAGUCAACGCUUAUUCGAAAAAUUAGGCUUUGAAAGAACAUCUACGAACAAGAUUUUUGAAGAGUACGAAUACCGACUAAAGCUUUCUGGAUCGCCGGUCCUUUCGAUUGAUGAUGAUGACGAUGGUCAAAGAAAUCCCCAGACCGAUCCACCUCGUCAGAAUACCGAUCAAGUGAACUCCAACGAGCAACGCGACCCAGAAAAUCAAGUUGUGCGGGCGUACAAGGCCAAGUGGAAAGCGUUCUGUCCAAUCAAGAUGGCUCUUAUACCUUGUCCUCUAAACGAUCCGUCAGCCGCUAGUCUUUCUUAA